GUGCAUGAGAGUAUUUAAUAUUCCUUUUGUCUGAAUUAUUGUAAUGUAGACGUCGUGUUACAGAUUGGACAGCUCGCACUUUUCGGCGAAUCCACCAGAUUUGGCUGUAAAUAAAUGUCCAUUAACCCACGAGUUUCUAUCUAGAAAUAACACAUCCAUCUUGUGUGGCUCGGAUUUGACAUCAUAGCAAGAUCUCAUUGAAUUGGAAAUAUUAUUAAAAUACUAGGCAGUCAAAUAAAUGGAGAAUCCACCCGUACCAUUGUCCUCAGAGAGCGUCACACCUUCUUGGGUUUCCCAAGUCUUGAGAACUAAAAUAUCCGGCCAUGACUUUCAAAAAGAAACCAACAUUCAAUCUGGCUCUGGAUUUCUGAGUAGCAUGGUUCGUUUGAGAUGUGAGGCUGAAGACGGACAGAAUUUCAACAUAAUUGUAAAACUCCUCCCGGAGGAUAGCACGAUGUUGGAACUUACAGUUUCCGAAGGGUUUGACAAAACGGAAGUAAACUUCUACAAGGAAGUUGGGCCGGACUUGCUUAAAAUUCUCCCAGAUUUGAAGCAAUAUUUGUGCCAUUCUUACUAUGGACAUAUUCAACAUGCAGAUGAAGAGAAACAUUUAAAAUAUGCAUCGGUCCUGGUCAUGGAAGACUUGAAACCACAAGGCUAUUAUACCAUCAACUUUGCUGCUGAAGAGUCAAUGGCACAAUUUAGAGAAGUGUUGGAAUUUAUGGCAAAGUUUCACUUUGCAGGGAUGGUGCUGGAGACUAGAAAGAAUGCCAAGUUGUGCCAGGUGUACGACUAUCUUCAAGGAGUGUCAAAUUCAGGAACUUCGAUGUUUUACGAGAUGGCGAAAGGAGGCUUUGUGGAAAUAAUUCAGCUUUUAUCGGAUCACGGAUUAUCACAACCAGUGAUUGAAGCUUACCGAAAAAUGGCCCCACAUUCUGACAGUAUCAUUAAAAAAGUACAAGAAGCGAGCAAAGAGUUUGCAUGUUUGAUUCACGGGGAUCUGUGGUCCAACAAUUGCCUCUUCAAUGAUGACCCCCAAUUCCACACGAAAAUCAUCGACUGGCAACUGUUGGGUUAUAAGGAUCCUAAUUAUGAUGUUGCAGUGACAAUAGUCUCAAGCAUUCCAGUGAAACAAUUGACUAAAGAAAAGGUCACAGAGAGCCUUCAGCAUUACUACGAGACAUUUGUGGCUGAAUGCACCAAGUCUGGUGAUCCUGGAAAUCUGAUAACACGGGACUGGGACCAAUUUAGUAAAUUCUUUUACACGUGGGGCAUGUCGUACACAAUGCUUUGGUUCCUGAUGUCAAGUGACUCCUUCUCUUUGAACAUUCCACGACUUGUAAAAAUCUACGAGUUUUUGAUUUUGGAAGCAAAUGUUCAUGAAUUUAUAUUGAGCCAAGUUGAGGAGGUAUAAUGUCCGAGCUGUGUAUGUUGAUCAAUUUUUUUAUACACAUAAUUCAGAAUUUUGGAAUAAAUCACUGUAUAUUAAUUACUUUCUGCAAUGA